AUGAAUCUGUCCAAUUCCGAUAUCACCUUCAUUCUCACGGCAUAUGGACCUCCAGGAGCACUCAGUUAUGGAGUUUUCUUCAUUACUUUUGUGCUUUACCUUGCCACAGUAUUUUCAAACCUGACUUUAUUGUUGGUUAUCAUCAGAGAUUCGACUCUCCAUAAGCCAAUGUAUAUAUUUCUCUUUAACUUGGCAAUUAAUGGACUGAUUGGGAGCUCUGCUGUUUGUCCUACCAUUAUGCAAUAUCUUCUUCAGGAUGUGAAGAGCAUUUCCCUUACAAGUUGUUUGCUGCAGACAUUUUUUAUAAAUGUGUAUGCAACUUGUGCAUAUGCAAUAUUAACUGUAAUGGCAUAUGACAGAUACGUUUGCAUUUGUAAGCCAUUACAGUAUCACAGUAUCAUGACUCCAGCUAAAGUUAAGCUUCUGCUUAGUGUAGCAUACUUUGUACCUGUAUGCUCUUUAGCUGUGCAGGUUUAUCUCACAUCAAGGUUGCCUAUUUGUAAGUACACAAUCAAUAAGCUUUUCUGUGUCAGUAUGGGUGUACUCAAUUUAGCCUGCGUGAAGCCUGCUCUCGACAACAUGUAUGCUUUAGGAUUACUUGUUGUUUUUGCUGUUUUCCCAUUGUUUUUUGUGAUACUGUCAUAUAUCAAAAUAAUAAUUGUAAGCAUCAAAGCAUCAAAGACUGCUCAAUUGAAAACGUUAAAAACGUGUGCACCUCAUUUGAUCACUUUCAUCAAUUUCUCCUAUGCCAGUUAUUCAUCUAUUGUAUAUAACAAUUUCAAUGACUCCAUGUCAUAUGAGUUGAGUAUAUUUAUGUCAGUGCAUAUUGUUCUAAUCCCACCACUUCUACAUCCUCUCAUAUAUGGCAUGAGAACCCAGGAAAUCAAAAGGAGUAUUGCAAAACUCAUGUGGAAAAAUGCUUUAGCACUAGACAUUUUGGGAGACACCUAA